AUGGCCGCCUCGCCCUCCCUCCACGCCCCCCGCGUCCUCCCGCUCCUCCCGAACCCCGCCCCGAGCCUCGCCCUCCCUCCACGCCCCCGCCUCCUCCCGCUCCUCCCGAACCCCGCCCCGAGCCUCACCGGGCCCCGACGCUGGCCGCGGAGGCGCCUCACGACCGCGAAGGCGCAGGCGGUGUCGCCAUCGCGGAAUGGCAGCUCGGCGGGGACGGACUGGUGCCCGGUGCCCCCGAAGCAGCGGCCCGUGAACGAGUACGACGCGCUGGCCGCGUCACUACCCUUCUCCUGGGCGGCGGGGGACCUGGUGCUCUACUGCUCCAGCCUCGCCUUCAUGGGGGCCGCCUUCGCGCUCUUCAUCGGCCUCCCCAUCGCGGCCUUCGGCGGCCGCGGGGGCGCCGGCGGCGACGCCCUGCACCUCGCGCUCGGGGCCACCGGCUCCGGCAUCCUCGCCGUCACGCUCGCCGUCGUGCGGAUGUACCUCGGCUGGGCCUACGUCGGGAACCGCACGCGCUAGCUGUCGCUGGUGGUGGAGAAUUUCUGUUCUUGAAUGGGAGGAGAUCGGGGGAAAGAACAACCUGAGACAUUCCCCCUGCAGUUGACUCCGACGUGGUUCGCUGUGUUGACGCCGUCAUGACGCCGUCGGAGGAGAGCUCAGAUC